AUGUCAAACAUUGAUGGCUGCGCGAAACAUCCUUGCAGUAAUAAUGGAACCUGUUCUGACCAUGUUGAUGGCUUCAAGUGCAUUUGUCCAGCAGGUUUUGAAGGAUCCCGAUGUGAAAUAGUCACAGUGGCAGUUAAUGGUUCCUGUGAGAACUCAACAGUUUGGCCACUCCUUAAUGGGGAUGUUAUCAUCGAGUCGAAUCAGAUUGGAUCUUCCUACCAUAAUCACAUGGACUGCCACUGGAAGCUAUCCUCAAAUACACGAAUAGAACUUGUCUUUAUUCAUUUCGAUCUGGAAGCAAAGCACGAUUAUGUGGAAAUUUACGACGGUGGAUCACUCUCCGCUCCUUUGAUUGAUCGAAUUAAUGGAUCAUCCACUCCUUCCCCGGUUACAAGUUCGUCCAAAAAACUUUUCCUACGGUUUAAAACCGAUCACUCAGUAAUUAGAACUGGAUUUCGUGCACGUUUCCGAGCUUUAACAGAUGGUGCACUGCGUAUAGCCGGUCACAACGCAUCCAGUGGAAGGAUAGAAGUCUUUUUUGAUAAUCAGUGGGGCACAGUUUGUGACAGUGGAUGGGACCUCGACGAUGCCCUGGUGACGUGCAAGCAACUUGGCUUCGACCGGGCUUCCCAAGCCUUUAGUGGUGCCAGUCAUGGCCAAGGAAUCGGUCCAAUAUGGAUGAAUGACGUAGCUUGCUUUGGAAUGAGUCUUUGA